UCGCCCUCUGUCGGAGGUUCCUGUGUUAAGAUGGUGCGUGUUCGUGUUUUCUUUAGUCAUCAGAGCAGAUGAGGAUGAGCUGGAGUGACUGGAGGGGACAAACCCUGACGAAGUUGACGGCAUUGCGCACAGGAGCAGCCAGCGGACAGGUGGCGGUCAUCAUCACCGCACGCGGAUACGACAGCAAACACGCAGAAGUCAAGCUCGAGAUGUUUGAUAUAAACACACAGCUGCGCGCAGAGAGAAGGGAAGAGAGUGGAAUCCAAAGUGACUUUUGAGGCGACAGUAGAGUCAAACACAAGCAGACAGACAUCGUGUGUGUGUGUGUGUGUGUGUGCGUGCACGUCUGUCUCCAGCGACAAGGAGAGAGAGAGACACAGAGAGAGAGAGAGCGCAGCACCAGCAGUCUGACAAAGCUGCACUCCCUCGAAGUUUGACAUCCCCGGCGGGUUACAGAGGGACUUCUGCACCGCCGCUGCCAUGGAGCCUCGGAAGUGUAUUGGAUCUGUAUUGAUUGGUGUUUACCUGUGGGCGACGUUCUGCUGUCAAGGUUGUGAUGCCGGUGUGUACCAGAGGAAGCUGUACCACGACCUGAUGGUAAACUACAAUCGGCUGGAAAGACCCGUCCAAAACGACUCUGCACCCAUCGUGGUGGAACUCGGCCUCACGCUGCUACAAAUCAUUGACGUGGAUGAAAAGAACCAAGUGUUGAUCACAAAUGCCUGGCUGCAGCUGUAUUGGACAGACAUUUACCUUUCAUGGAACCCAGAGAGCUACCCCGGGGUUCAGAACCUGCGCUUUCCUUCCAAUCUGGUAUGGGUCCCAGACAUCCUCCUCUACAACAGUGCUGAUGAGAGGUUUGAUGCAACGUUCCAUACUAAUGUGCUGGUAAAUGCUUCAGGAUCCUGCCAGUACAUCCCACCAGGCAUCUUGAAGAGUACCUGCUACAUCGAUGUACGGUGGUUCCCAUUCGAUGUGCAGAAGUGUGACCUGAAGUUUGGCUCCUGGACCCACAACGGCUGGCUGCUGGACCUCCAGAUGAUGGACGUGGACAUCUCUACCUACAUACCCAAUGGGGAAUGGGAUCUCGUAGGUGUACCGGCUAAGCGUAAUGAGCUGUACUACGACUGCUGUAAGGAGCCCUACCCCGAUGUGACGUUCACAGUCACCAUGCGCCGCAGGACACUUUACUACGGCCUCAACCUACUCAUCCCCUGCGUGCUCAUCUCUGGUCUGGCCCUGCUGGUCUUCCUGCUCCCUGCUGACUCCGGAGAGAAGAUUUCACUGGGUAUUACAGUGCUGCUGUCUCUAACAGUGUUCAUGUUACUGGUAGCAGAGAUCAUGCCUGCCACUUCAGACUCUGUUCCUUUGAUUGCUCAGUACUUUGCUAGCACCAUGAUGAUUGUGGGCUUGUCUGUGGUGGUAACAGUCCUGGUACUACAGUUCCACCACCAUGACCCCCAUGGAGGGAAGAUGCCUAAAUGGGUCCGAGUCAUCCUACUCAACUGGUGCGCUUGGUUUCUCCGCAUGAAGAAACCUGGAGAGGAAAACAAAACAGCUGUGAGCUCCACUAGCCCCCCAAACUACAAGUUCUCCCACCCUCCUCCUCACCAUACCAGCACCAGCAACAUUCAGAUGAGCACCAUACCAGGGCAGGCACCCACCCAGUCAACCGCGACCAACGGGAACAUGAACGUGUACUUUGGCUACCACUCGAUGGGCACAGACAACCCUGCUUUUCCACCGAGCACUGAUUCAGGUGUGGUGAUGUGUGGCGGAGGAGGCGGGGGCGGCCAUCCUAACACCUCCUCGCCACAUGACAUCCACUCAGAACAGACGCGGACUUUGCUGAUGGAGCAGGUUCCGGAAAUUUCCCGGAUCCUGGAAGAAGUGCAGUACAUUGCCAGGCGCUUCCGAGAGCAGGACGAGGGAGAGGCGAUCUGCAGCGAGUGGAAGUUUGCAGCGGCGGUGGUGGAUCGGUUAUGCCUGGUGGCCUUCUCACUCUUCUCCAUCAUCUGCACCUUCACCAUUCUCAUGUCAGCUCCCAAUUUCAUUGAGGCUGUGUCCAAAGACUUCACAUAAAGCUGAUCUCUUCCCUCUCUGAGAGGAAAAAGAGAGGCAAAGCUAACAUUAAAAAUCCUGACACGAUUAGAACUGUGCCACAUAAGCCUCCCUGCUACAACUAUGUGAAGCCAUUCAUAGUUUCAGUUAUUCUAAGUGUUGUUACAAGUCACAGUACAUCAGAACCAAACCUUUCCCUCUAUCUUCAUAUAUUUGUUAGUAGCAUAUGGUUGUAUGGAGGAGAUUUUUCCCUUUCAAGCAGGCUCUCCUAGCUAACACCGUACAUAUUGUAUGCCACGUAGGAGGUUUAGGCUACAUGCAGUAGUUAAUGAUGUAGAAACUCACACUAACGCACUUUUCAUCUGUAUCCCUGCUGUACCAUCAUUUACCUGCCACCACUUGGGCUUCAUGUCUCAUCAGUAUAUACUGUAAACACUCCUUCCCUUCCAGCUCUUUAUUUUCUCUUACUUUUUUCCUACCCUUUACUCUUCCUUUUUCCCGCUGUAGCACUUCUCAUCUUCUAGAAGCAUCUUAAUGUCUUCAGCAGUUACAUACAGUACAGUCAACAGAGUUCAAUCAACAGUUUUAGAAAUCGUUUUUUCAAGCCUGUAUUCUAGUAAUGCUAGUUUUUUGUAUUUUGUAAAACAAUCGGUAUCUUACUUUAUAAAUGUGGUGAAGUUGAGAUGAAAUCUUUUUUAUUAAACUGGUGAAUUAACUGAGAACUACCGAAGUGUUAACUCACAGCACUGUACAUCUCACUUCUCUUUUGACUAGGACUGCAACUAAUGAUAAUUUUUUUUUUUUUAGAUUAAUCUGCCAGUCAUUUUCUCGAUUAGCCAUUUUGUAUAUGAAAUGUCAGAAGAUAGUGACAUAUUCAGAUUACUUGUUUUAUCGAACCAACAGAACUCAGAUAUUCAGUUUACUAUUAUAUAUGUCAAAGAGAAGCAUCCAUUCCUUACAUUUGAGGAUAUGGAUGUUUGGGAUUUCUGCUUGAUCUAUUAGUUAAUAAUCAAAAUGGUUGCAGAUUAACUUUCUCUCGAUCAACUAAUCCAUUUAUCAACUACUCAUUUCAGCUCUACGCCAAACAUCUCCAUCUUGUUCCUCUCUUUUUCACAUAUGUAAGUAUUGGAUUCUUCCUUACUCACCUCUUUCUUGCCUUUCAAGUCAUCCUCAUCAUUUCCUUGCUCUUCCUUUGUUGGCACAGAUCUUCUCAUUUCCUUCUUGCACAUCUUAGUCCCAGGUUCAAUAUCCAUAAAUGUGAAUAGAGAAAGUUUUACCAUUACCAGUAAAAGUCAUACUUAAUUGUGACAUUUACAGUUUUGCUCUUUACAAGUUUAUUAAAGUGUGAAGUAAUUUCAGAAGGGAUCUCUCAACAUUUCUCUUUGCCUAAAUCCCUUGUAUAUUUAGUUAGGCUAGCAUAUGAUACACUCUUGCUAUUUGUAAAUCACUCUUCUCAAUGUAUUUAUCUUUUGAGAGUAAUUCAGUGUUUAUUUGACGUAUAUGUGCUAGUUACGCAAUGCGUUGCUGUAUUCUGAGAAAAACUCACAAUGAAGAAAGAAGAUCAAAGCAAGUAGUGAUUGAAAGACAAUAUUUGUUCUUUAGAGGGAUGUUUAAAUGGAUUCUUGAGGGACAUCACCCCAGUAGAGAUGCAUUUGGUACUAAUCUUUUGCAGAGUGCUUUGUGUUUUUACUCUCUAAUACUCAGCAAAAGGCAAACACUUUCUUCUCUAAUCUCUAGCAACAACAUGCAACAAGGAUUACUGGUGACCUUAUGUAACAGAUUUGUGUUAAACCCUUGUCUCUUCUCACCACCCGAGCUUCCCUUCUGAUCCUCAGUGGUACAAAACUCGUGAAUUCCCACCUUUACGCAUGCAAUUGAACUCACAGACGUCUCCAACUUAGCACUUGGCCAUUUUAAGCAGAGUUUUAAGAGGAACUGAGGAAGAAUGAAAACAACAAAAUACAGUACACUGUGUGACUGCAGAAAUAGUUACUGAAAUGGAGUUCAUGCUGUUACAGUUAAUCAAUGGGCCAAGUGCCACCCUUUGACUACCUUUCAUGUCACUCUAUGACUCAUGAAGCAUUUAAAUGUCAUAGCCACUCAUAAUGGACAGAGAGGAAAAGGUGAAGCCAAUCUUGGCUGAAAUGUACAUGCAGCACUUUACAGUACUCUUUGUGUGGACAACGUUCCUUCAUUUUUGACCCAGUUUUGGAGAGUUAGAUGAGAAGAUCGACACACACACAUUCUCAUGUCUGGACAGUGAAUAUGAAGCUACAGACAGCAGCCAUGGUUAGCUUAGCUUAGCAUGAAGGCAGCCAGCAGAGACUCCAGGACGUCAAGUCAGAAAGCCAAAAAAUAAUUUAACUACAGUAAUUAGAGUUGCUGGAAGGAUUUUGUUACCUUUAGACAGAGCCAGGCCAAUUUUUUUUACCUGUUUCUAGUCUUCAUGCUAAGCAAAGCUAACCGGCUGCUGGCUGCAGCUUCAUAUUUAAUGGACAGACAUGAGAGUGGUAUCAAUCUUCUCGUUAAACUCUUGGCAAGAAAGCUAAUAAGCGUAUUUCCAAAAAUAAUGUACUAUUCCUCUAAUAUUGGUCCAUUUGUCAUUGCACAUUGUGUAGAUUGUAGAUUUUAAGUUGCAGGGGGUUACACAGAUGGAGUCUGAAAGCUGAGCACUGAUGAUCUGAGAGAACAAAACUGUUAUUUUAUUUACUUUUUUUGAAGGAACCCAUGCUGGGUUUGUUAUUUUGCCUGUCAAAGUUCAUGUGGACAAAAGUGGGACGAGAGGUCUUGGCUGCUUUAAGUGCGUUGCAUAAUAGAUUGAGGAAUAAUGCAAAACCUUGAUCACUGACUCAUCUUAGAGAACAUGAACAGUGGCGAUGUGAUGACCCAUAUUCGACGUGGAAUGAGAAGUGACUUCUACAUACAUGCGACAGCCAAUUAUGUAGAUACUUUGUGAGAUAACCUGACCCAUUUCUAUUGUUACUUGCUCAUGUUGAUGUCUAUUCAGCACGUUUUUCAUGUGAGAAGCAUUUAUGAGAGUGUUCAAAGUGUGUCAAAUGAAGAAUUAGGUAAAGUCUCAAAUGAGACUGUACUGAAAAUAUGAAAAGAGAAUUAGGUAUUCAGGGUAAAAGACAUUCUGCAUUUCACAAGUCAAAGCUACAUUGUAGCUGAAACCACACAACUGGCUCAAAUAGCAGUGUUGCAAAUGUGAAAUUCUAUUGACUGAUUUUGAAAAGUACACUUAAACUGAAGGUGUGACCGUUUGCUUUUGCCACGCUAUCACAGGCUUUUUUAAAAAAUUAAAUCACAAGUGUUGUAUUUUUGUCAACUUGAGUGUCUUUUUCUUUGUGGUCUGUGCCUCUCUGCUCAGUGCGAUUCAUUCUCCUUUGAAGGAUGUACAUAAAUGCUCACUGUACAUGACGAUUUUGAAAAAAAUAAAGGAGAAAUGUGAUAAUUA